AUGUUAUAAUAAUCAGAUAAAGACUUCACCCUUGAAUAAGUAGUAGGCACUGGAACAUUUGGAAUGGUGUACUUGGUAUAUUUGAUUAAGAAUGCAAUUAGGCUACUGAUAACAGGACUAAGGAGAAGGUGGCAAUAAAGAAGGUGUACCAAGAUCGAAGAUACAAGAACAGAGAGCACCUUAUCAUUCAAGAAUUGAAUCAUCCAUGCGUGGUUAUGUUAAGACACUCCUUCUUCACACCAGGGGAAAAUGUAAGUCAAUCACACAUUCAUUCUCUAGCCAUAAGAUGUGUACCUAAAUCUAGUUAUGGAAUAUGUACCUGAGACACUUUCAAAAAUGAUCAGAUAAAUGCGUAAGUAGAAGCAAAGCAUUCCUGCUCCAUUAAUAAAGCUCUACAGUUACUAGAUGAUACGAGCAUUACUUUACUUGCAGGGUAUUAGAGAAAAUAUUUCACUCUAGCAAUUGGGAUUUGUCACAGAGACAUCAAACCCUAAAAUAUCUUGGUUAAUUUGGAGAACAAUGUUUUAAAAAUCUGCGAUUUUGGCUCAGCGAAAAGACUUGUUGUUGGAGAACCAAACAUUGCAUAUAUCUGUUCACGUUACUAUCGAGCCCCAGAAUUGAUUUUUGGAGCCACAGAUUACAAUACGCAGAUCGAUAUGUGGUCAAUCGGGUGUGUGAUUGCCGAGAUGGUCAUCCUUGAACCAAUAUUUCCAGGAGAGAGUGCUCAAGAUUAACUCCUUCAAAUUAUCAAGAUUCUUGGUACUCCCACUCCAGACGACAUCAAUUAGAUGAAUCCAGCUAAGGCUGAUGUCAGAUUACCCACUAUUAGAGGGAAUCCCUGGACAAGGGUCUUUGCAAAGUAAAAACCAGAACCACUCUUUUUGGAUCUUAUUACACAGAUGCUUACGUAUUCAGCUAUACAUUCAUCAUAGAUAUUCGCCGAAAACGAGAAUCCAACCCAUUGAUGCUCUUUUACAUCCAUAUUUUGAUGACCUCAGAAAAGAAGGAUUCUCUAAUCAAAAUUUUAAGACCCCCAAUCUUUUCGACUUCAAUAAAUAAGAAUUAAGCAUCAAACCAGAACUCUAUUCCAAAUUAGUUCCAUUAUGGUAUUAAAAGCUAAACAAAUGAUG